UUAGAAAUUUGUUCCCUGGUGACGUCAUUCCACCGGAAGCAUAGACUGGCCAUCGCCUGAUAGAACUGUGGUGACUGGUCCCUGGGUGCAUCAGACCUUAAACGAUGAGAGAAUACAAACUUGUUGUUUUGGGAAGUGGAGGUGUUGGAAAAAGUGCACUGACAGUUCAGUUUGUUCAGGGAAUUUUUGUUGAAAAAUAUGACCCAACCAUCGAAGACAGUUACAGAAAACAAGUGGAGGUUGAUGGCCAGCAGUGUAUGCUGGAAAUCCUUGACACUGCAGGAACUGAACAAUUCACAGCCAUGCGAGAUUUGUAUAUGAAAAAUGGCCAGGGAUUCCUGCUAGUCUAUUCAAUCACAGCCCAGUCCACUUUCAAUGAUCUGCAAGAACUGCGAGAACAAAUCCUCAGGGUCAAGGACACCGAUGAUGUACCAAUGCUCCUUGUGGGGAACAAGUGUGAUCUGGAGGAUGAGCGAGUGGUUGGAAAGGACCAAGGACAGAACUUGGCCCGAAGCUUCAAUUGCGCCUUUCUAGAGACUUCAGCAAAAGCCAAGAUCAAUGUUAGCGAGAUUUUCAUGGACCUGGUGCGUCAAAUUAACAAGAAGAGUCCGGAGCAAAACAACAAAGCCAAAAAGAAAGGGUCCAAGUGUACUUUGCUGUAGAAAUACCAUCCCAUCUUUUCAUCUGAAACAUCACGGCAUCCAGUGGAAGAACAGCCAGCCAUCUGUAUGCUGCAUCAACAUCAUCCAGGAAAGGGGAGCACUAAAAUUGCUUAACAUUUUCAGCCACUUUGCCUACUGUGGCAGGCUAAUAGAAGUCCAGACACAGUCGCUGGGCUUUUACUGUCUCUGUUUUUGCCUUUCUUUUUUUUUUUCACCUUUCUAUCCCCCAUUCGAACAGCUUUAUCACCCUCAGCUGCAGCCUGGAUUACUUUAGUUAUUUAAGACCAAAUUCAACACAAGUGAACUGGUAAAGUGAGUAGUUGUCCUGGUCUUUGCUGACUUCACCUCCAAGUCCAGCAGUGGCCAUGUUUCAGAAUUGUAAGCAGCCAUGCCUGGCAGGAAAAAAAUAUAUAGACAUUGGCUGUCAAGUCACCAGCUGCUUAUAGCAGUUCUGUGGUUCUUUCGCACAUCUUCAGCCUUUACCUCCAGAGAGAAUUACAGGCGGGUGAGAAAAAAAAACGGUGUGGGUGGAGCAUUGCUUAGCUGUUGUAUUGUUGAAUUUCCACUCGUUUCUCCACGAGAUAACUGACUCAUUGUGAAGGUCUCUUUUAAGACGAAAGACUGUUUUGGCAAACAAGGAAAAGGUUGUUGUACAAGCAGCCCUUUGAAUUUUUGUCCCAUUGCUUUCUUUCAUCUCUUCAGUUCCCCACCACUCCUCCAUGUGCCUGUAUAUUUAUAUAAUUAAUGCUUAAUGCUACAUCCUAGUUAUUUUGGUAUUAGGAUAGCUUGGUUAUACCAGGUUUUCAUCUAGUCUAUUCUACAUUCAGUUUCCUGUCUGUUGUGUAUUAUUGUAAAUUAUUCUAUUUUUAAAAAAAUUUUUUAAUAGCUCACUUUCUUUUUUAUAAAAGGAUGUUGGUGCAUCAUGAUAUUAGGCAAAAUAGAAAAUGUAAUUUACAUUUUGUGGUUUUGGUUUGUGCUCUUUGAGCUGGUUUUUCCUUGGACUGUUUCUAGUAAAGACAAACUACUAGGGUCAGUAAAACUCCCAUGUGGAUUGAAGAAGCAACUUUCAGCAAUGUCUGAAACUGUUCAUUCAGGGCUGUGCUUAUUGAGCUCACAUUGUUUCGCCUAACAACACCCUGCUCCAACAUGCUCAGAGCUCAGUUGUGUACUUGGCAUCUUCAGCUGCAUGCUAGAAAUGCUGCAAUCUUUUCUAAUUCUGCCAGCAUAUGGGCACUGACACUUACAUCUCAGUAUUGUUUUUUGUGUAUGUUCACGCUGUGUAUUUUAGCAUGGUUCCACCUUUUUUUCCUUUUGGUGUAACAGGGAGAGGGUGCUCCCGUUGCAUUCAGUCAAGGAAUUGCACUGUUUUCAUGUGCAGUCAUUUGUGUUUCUUACAAACAAUAGUAGUGUGUGGGUAGGAGGCAGGAGAAGAAGGUGUCAUGGGCUCUUUCCUGACAUCACUAUAUCAUUUGUGCAGGGUUUUUUUUUUUUGGUUUAAAAAAUAAGGAAAAAACAAGGGAAAGUUUAACUGCAGAUAAAAGAAAUGGCACCAUUUUUCCAGAAAGAUUAGUCUGAUGAGGUCGUAAUGGAUAAAGAUUAUUUCUGUGAUAGCUGCUUUUGAGAGGUACAAUAGACAAAAAUAAAAUACACUGGUUGCUGCCAUUUAUACUGCUGGUGCUUAAAGCAGAUUUUCAUGUUUAAAAUACUACCAAAACAUUUGAAGCUCGAGGCCAUGCUGUAGUUUCCAACUUGUUUUGAUUUGACUUGCUAUUAAUUUAUUUCAACAGUAGUCAUGUUUUCAUAUCACUUAAAUCGUCUUCUACAGAGUAGUUACCCCAUCCAUCCCUUUUGCCUUGCUGAUAUUGUAGUUUCUGUGCUUCACAAUUUAAUCAUAACCACCUUCCCUUCAAUCUUUUUUGUAAUAAAAUUUCACCUUUAUAACAGCCUGCACAUCACAGCCAACUGAGAUGCCCAGCUGUCAGUCACAGAUUGAGUUAACACUAGAUGUCCUAACAUAGAUAUGCACACAUAAACUCUUAUAGGAGCUAAUGGCUUGGGCUUAAAAUCCAUUUGCAAGUCAGCAGUGGCAAAACUUUACCAUGUUUUAGAUUCUUUUCUGCUUAUAGGAUUAUUAAUAAGGAAAAACAUUGCAUUUCAUGUGCUUUUUUUUUUAGUUUGUGCUUGUUCUGUAACACAUAACAUAAAAAUAAUUAACUCCUUUAUAGAAACUGGUAGUACCCAUGCACACAACUGUCCUGGGAGCAAUUUUAGACCAGUAUCCAUGUUCAUAAAUUUUAAACAAAUCUACAGACAUUAAAGGGGAAAGCAAAUGCCAGUCAGACAUGGCAAUAACUAAUGGACAACUAAGAAAUCGAAAAGGUCACAAAAGCUAAUGCUCAGAUGCAAAAGAAACUUGCAAAAUUCAAGUUCCUUACUGCUGUACUCUCUUGAUGAAAUGCAUGUAUUUUCCAUGUCACCUGGUCAAAAGGGUGGUGUGGUGGUGCAACAGUUGGCGCCUGUCACCAGUCUAGUGAGGGUUGGCUGUUCUGGGUUCAGCACUCUGACACACUGUUCUUUCUCUGUUUACUGGGCUUCCUUCAUUGCUAGAUAUGGCUUCAGUAGCUGGCUCUGUAUAAAACACGAAUUUCCACCCCCACCCCUCACCUGGUCAAAAACCUGAAACUGCUUAGAGUUUCUGAAAGUACUGUUGAGCUCCUGUUGGUAAUUGCAUGCAGAUUCCCUGGCGACAAGAGUUAAGGUAAGAUAACGUUUGCCAAGUUCCCAUUCCUGCUAAAAAGUGCAUGGUUGGUUUAGACUGGAGGAGGAAGUUGCUGUGCCAGCCUGUUUGUAAUGUGAAUGCUCUAUAGCUGCUGUCACUUCUAAUGUGGUCAUGCAGUCAUGGCUGUACUGUAAUGGAAGAUGAAGGAUUUUCUGGAAGAAAAGACGGUUCAAGAGUACAAGGAUGUAUGCUGCAUUAGGGAAGUUAUCAUGCCUAAGAUUUUGCAGCAAUGUUUGCAUCUGUAGCAUGCUUUCAUUUCAUAUGCAUGGAUUUUUUUUAAAAAUUUGGGUAUAAUUAGCAUGUAAAGGAAUUUUCAUGUCAUAUUUUGUAUUUUUGAGAGGGUCAGCUUUUUAAUCAAUUUUUUUCCUUAAGCAUUUGCAUACUACAAUUUUCAGCUGUGUUUGUACUAUACAUGGUUUGUCUGAAAGUAUAAAUUGUAAAAACAUAACAUAGAAGGGUUGGUUCCCACCUUUCCCUUGGUAGAAAGGAAUACUUUAACAGAAUACAAUGUACUGGCUUUUCUAACUUGUUCUUGGGUUUGCAUGAAAAGACAAAACUUUACCCAGCUGUUCACUGGGUAAAAGCAAAAUAUUUUUGUACCAGUUUCAAAUGCCAGCUCAGAGUAUGUAGAUAAUGUCAUCUGUCAUUUUGCACACAUUGUCGGAUGUGUGGGUCGCAUAUGACCACUGGCUGCCUCCUAGUUAUAUUGUAUCAUUUUCUGUAUUGAAGACAAAAGACAUAGUACACGCCUUGUGUACUCAGUGAACUUAGGGCAUUGUGGGAUUUCAAAUCAGUGAAAAAAAAUGACCACUCCUGAGAUGUGUUCACCUCCGUUCCAAGCGGAUAACACAUGCACUGGGUUGGUUUUUUUUUUGUUUUUUUCAGCACUUUGUGUUGCCAUGUACUGUUAAUGAUGUACAGACUUUUUUCCCCCCCCUAUUCAUUACUCAUAAUGCUCCAGCUCAGUUGCAAUAAAUUUUACAACAAAGAA